CUGACCAUCAUGUGCUACGACCGCUACGUGUCCAUCUGCAAACCCCUGCACUAUGAGACCCUCUUGGGCAGCAGAGCUUGUGCCCACAUGGCAGCAGCUGCCUGGGCCAGUGCCUUGCUCUAUACUUUGUUGAACACAGCCAAUACAUUUUCCCUGCCCCUGUGCCAUGGCAAUGCCCUGGGCCAAUUCUUCUGUGAAAUCCCACAGAUCGUCAAGCUCUCCUGCUCACACUCCACCUUCAGAAAAAUUUGGAAUUCAUUGCUUGGUGUCUGUUUAAGUUUUGGUUGUUUUGUGUUCAUGGUUUUCUCCUAUGUGCAGAUCAUCAGGGCUGUGCUGAGGAUCCCCUCUGAGCAGGGACAGCACAAAGCCUUUUCCACCUGCCUCCCUCACCUGGCUGUGGUCUCCCUGUUCAUCAGCACUGCCAUUUUUGCCUACCUGAAGCCCCCUUCCAUGUCCUCCCCAUCCCUGGAUCUGGCCCUUUCAGUUCUCUAUUCAGUGGUGCCUCCAGCCUUGAACCCCCUCAUCUACAGCCUGAGGAACCAGGAGCUCAAGGCUGCAGUGUGGACACGGAUGAUUGGAAAAUUUCAGAAGCAUUAA